AUAGAGUCCUGGGUCACAUGACCAAGUAUGGGACAAAAUGGUGGCUGAACUGAUAUGUCGCACAUGAAACACUGCCGUUCAGAAGUAGCGGCAUUUUCUUGAUUGGGUUUCUUCACUUUUAUCAACAAAAUGGACCAGUCGCUGUUAAAUACAUUUGCAGACACAUUAGACAUUCGCUACUCUGUACUGGACAAUCUCAGUGAUGGCAGAGGUGCUUAUCGUGGCAGUAUCCACAUCACCAACACCUCCUCCAGUCAACUGGGAUACGGUAAAUGGGGAAUAUACUUCUGUCACUUACGGAUGAUGGAGCCUGAUUUUAUACCUGUCUCAGACUCACAUUUGUACGAAGAUGUUAAGAUGCAAGUGAAACACAUCAAUGGCUGCUUGUUCAUACUUGAACCUGUGAAAGGAUUUGCCACACUGAAAACUGGACAAACCAUUGAAAUCCAAUUUAAGGCCCAGUACUAUUCGGUUGCCAGGACGGAUGUAUUCCCCAAUUGGUACCUUACAUCUGAGGGUUUGGAGCCUCGCUUGAUCAAGUCAACAGUGGGCGAGAGUCUGGAGUUUGUCUCUAGCUUUGACACCCCCAGCAAGUGGAAGAGGUUUGAUUAUGAGCUGAGCAAUGGUCAGAGAAGGACGGACCUGUAUGAUCCCUGGAGUGCGGAAUUUCGUUUCAAGAACAAUGAGGCCAAUACAGGAGGCGGAGAACCAGACGUGAAGUUGAUUGUUCCGACACCGUACCAGCUGGAGGUCAGGCCAGGUGACCCGGUCAACCUGCAGGAGCCUGGAUGGAUCGUCUGGUCACAUGACCAAGUGAGAGAUGAAGCACGACACCUGUCAGAGUCACUUGGCCUGAACUUGGUAGAGUGUAGUGAGGUGGAGGUAGCUGGGCGUGACAGAACUGUGUUAGUGAUGCUGGGCUCCGUGGCUCCUCCGGAUCCCGAGUCUGCUGACAACCAGGAGGCCUACAGCCUGGACAUUGGCUCCAAGUGUGUGAGACUCCUGGCUCCAGCAUCAGCAGGGAUCUUCUAUGCUGGACGGUCUCUCCUGAGUCUGCGGAGCUCUGAUGGAACUCUCCCACUUGUUUCUGUGGUGGACUUUCCAAGGUUCCAGUACAGGGGGAUGCAUGUUGAUGUGUCCCGCAACUUCCACACCAAGGACGAGGUGGUGGCCCUGCUGGAUGUCAUGAGCUGCUACAAGCUGAACCGGCUGCAUCUCCACCUGACAGAUGAUGAGGGAUGGAGACUGCAGAUUCCCGGACUGGAGGAGCUCACUCAGGUCGGAGGUCGGCGAGGUCAUGACCUGGAGGAAAAACAGUUCCUGCUUCCCGUCCUGGGCUCCGGUCCUGCUCCUGACCUGUACCCCGGCUCGGGGUUCUACACAGUACAGGACUACAGAGAGAUCUUGAAGGAAGCGGCACGUCGACACAUCGAGGUCAUUCCUGAGAUUGAUAUGCCUGGACAUAGUCAUGCUGCAAUUGUUGCCAUGGCAGCCCGAUGUCGCCGUCUGAGGAAAGAAGGUAGACCUGAGGAAGAAAUUUGUCAGUAUUUGCUGUCCGAUAUUGAGAACCCAUUCAAGGUUCAAUCGGUACAGAUGUUCUCAGACAAUGUCCUUGACCCCGGGCGUGAAUCAACAUACGCAUUCAUUGACAAGAUUGUGAAGGAAGUGAAGGCGAUGCAUGAGGGUGUUUCCCCUUUGAAGAUGUUUCACCUUGGAGGAGACGAGGUUCCGUAUAAAGCGUGGCUGGAAUCCCCGGCCUGUCAGGCAAGAAUCACAGCGGGGGAAGUGUCCUCGGUCACAGAGCUCAUGGGAUACUUCGUGAAGAGAGUGGCUCAGAUUGUGAAGUCUCAUGGCCUAGAUGUUGCUGCGUGGCAGGAUGGGAUUGUGAUGAAGAAGACGGAGCUGUUUGAUCGAUCCGAUUUUGACAAUGACAAUGUUGUGGUUUAUGCUUGGAAGAAUGUUUGGGAGACAGGCAUGGCCUCGGACACGGUAAAGCUGGCCAAUGCAGGCUACCAGGUGGUGAUGUCCCAAGCUACACAUCUGUAUUUUGACCACCCCUAUGAGCCCCACCCCGAGGAGAGGGGUCUGUACUGGUCAGGGCGCUAUCUGGACACGCACAAGGUGUUCAGCUUCAUGCCCGACACACUGUAUGCCAACGCUGACCGCAAGAUGACCGGGGAGCCUUUCACGGAGGCGGAGCUGAAGAAACUCUCCCUUGAGGAUGAGUGCAUGCUUACAAGACCUGAGAAUAUCAUUGGGCUACAGGGGCAGCUAUGGAGUGAGCUGGUGCGGACGCCAGGCCAACUGCAGGAGAUGAUCACACCUCGCAUCAUAGCACUGGCAGAGCGGGCAUGGCACAAGGCAUCCUGGGAGGACGUCACAGACCGAUCCCAACUGGAAGUUCUAAGACAGAAGGACUGGGCAGAUUUUGCUAGCACCCUGGGUAGCAAGGAGCUGCUUACACUGGAGGACAUGAACAUCACUUACUAUCUGCCACCACCAGGAGUUAGGCUGUUGGAAGCUGGUCGAGUGAUGACAGCCAACUGUGCCUACCCUGGCCUACCCAUGUACUACAGCUGGGACGGCCGCAGCACCUGGCACCGCUACUCACAGCCAGUUGAUGUGCCCCCCGACUCCACGGAGGUCACCCUAAUUACAAGGUCCUUCAAUGGGCAGCGGUCAAGUCGUGAGGUGACUGUGAACCUGCUGAAGCCUUGAUGAGUGAAAUGGACGCCCUUCCAGUUCAAGAGCAUCUUCCCGAGACAAGGGUGUUAACUGACUAUAAAAGUCCAGUUUCUACCCUUGCCGAACUAGGCUGGAAUUAUGGAGUUAUGUUUUGGCUGGACUAACAAAUCUGUGCAUAGUCCAAUCAAAAUUGCGUAAAAAAAUCAACAUCCGGUUUGUAAACUGCUGUGCAGACUUCGGUCAAUUGCGAGAUUUGCAAAGGAUGGGUACCAUCAACUAAGCAUCAACAGUUAUUGUCCAAAUCUUUUCAUGUUUUUAAUUAAGAUGCUCAGGUGAUUUGAUGUGAUUUUGCAAAGUAAGAUCUGUCUCAUUACAAUAUAAAUUUUAAUUAUCGAUCAGAUUGUCUUCACUGGGCAAUGCCAUUUUUUUAAAGCAAAAGCAAGUUAUGUCAGAGGGGGUAUCUGAUUGGUCAAUAGGAGGAGAGACAUAGAAGGGACUUAACUCAUAAUAGCCUCUGUUGGCGCUACGAUCAAACCAAGAAAUUCCGGCCUAGUUCGGCAAGAGUGGAAACUGGACUUUUACAGUCAGUUAACUCCCUUGCCUCGGAGCUGCUUCAAACUGAUGCGUCCACCUCAAGGUUCAGUAGUCCAGUGACAACAUCAAGAAGCCAAUCGGUCACUCCAGUCAGUUGAUGCAUCUACUUGCACAAUGGUCUCAAUUCAUUCGCUAACAUGGUCACAAUGGCUCAAUCUCAACUACUUGUAUCCCAGUGAUAACCCCAACAUGCUUGUUAGUGUGUUAUGUUGAGGUAUGUUUGAACAGUGUGUUCCAGCACUUAACAGUUGACACAACCAAAGAACUUGUCAAUGCAAGGAUGUGAUCCAUUAAAGACAAUGCUACAUUUCCAGUUAUAUUUCAAUGUACCUGGGGUACGAGUUUCAAGAGUGUACAUGUUGAUUGACAAGAUGAAAUCAAUAGUUGCUUUGGCUGAAUAAAAAAUGUUCUUUUGCUAUACAAGGAACAUCACACUUC